GCGUUCAGCGGACACGGGAGCAAGAUGGCGAUUCCGGGCAGGCAGUAUGGGCUUAUUUUGCCAAAGAAAACACAGCAGUUGCACCCUGUUUUGCAAAAACCAUCAGUGUUUGGGAAUGAUUCUGAUGAUGAUGAUGAGACCUCUGUGAGUGAAAGCCUUCAGAGAGAAGCUGCUAAGAAGCAGGCCAUGAAACAGACCAAACUGGAAAUCCAGAAGGCCCUUGCAGAAGAUGCUACUGUGUAUGAAUAUGACAGUAUUUAUGAUGAAAUGCAGAAAAAAAAGGAGGAAAAUAAUCCCAGAUUGCUUUUGGGGAAAGACAGAAAGCCCAAGUAUAUUCACAACUUGCUAAAAGCAGUUGAGAUCAGAAAAAAGGAACAGGAAAAAAGAAUGGAAAAGAAAAUACAGAGAGAACGAGAAAUGGAAAAGGGGGAGUUUGAUGAUAAAGAAGCAUUUGUGACAUCUGCAUAUAAGAAAAAACUGCAAGAGAGAGCUGAAGAAGAAGAAAAAGAAAAGAGGGCUGCUGCACUGGAAGCAUGUUUGGAUGUAACCAAGCAGAAAGAUCUCAGUGGAUUUUAUAGGCACCUAUUAAAUCAAGCAGUUGGUGAAGAGGAAGUACCUAAAUGCAGCUUUCGUGAAGCCAGAUCUGGUAUAAAGGAAGAAAAAUCAAGGGGCUACUCCAAUGAAGUAAGUUCAAAAAACAGAAUACCACAAGAGAAAUGCAUUCUUCAAACUGAUGUGAAAGUAGAGGAAAACCCAGAUGCAGACAGUGACUUCGAUGCUAAGAGCAGUGAGGAUGACGAAAUAGAAGAAACUAGAGUGAACUGCAGAAGGGAAAAGGUCAUAGAGACCCCUGAGAAUGACUCCAAGCACCACAGGAAUCAAAACCACUCUCGGUCACCUAGUGAAGAAAGAGGGCACAGUACCAGACACCACACGAAAGGAUCACGAACGUCGAGAGGACACGAGAAAAGGGAAGAUCAGCACCAACAGAAGCAGUCCAGAGACCAAGAGAACCAUUACACUGACCGUGAUUACCGGAAAGAAAGGGAUUCUCAUAGGCACAGAGAGGCCAGUCAUAGAGAUUCCUAUUGGAAGAGGCAUGAACAGGAAGAUAAACCAAGGGCGAGGGACCAAAGAGAAAGAAGUGACAGAGUAUGGAAAAGGGAGAAAGAGAGGGAGAAAUAUUCCCAAAGAGAACAAGAAAGAGAUAGACAACAAAAUGAUCAGAACCGACACAGUGAGAAAGGAGAGAAGGAAGAGAAAAGCAAAGCAAAGGAAGAGCAUAUGAAAGUAAGGAAGGAAAGAUAUGAAAAUAAUGAUAAAUACAGAGAUAGAGAAAAACGAGAAGUAAGUGUUCAAUCUUCAGAAAGAAAUCGAGACAGAAAGGAAAGCAGCCCAGAUUCUAGGGCAAAGGAUAAAUUUCUUGACCAAGAAAGAUCCAACAAAAUGAGAAACAUGGCAAAGGACAAAGAAAGAAACCAGGAGAAACCCUCUAAUUCUGAAUCAUCACUGGGAGCAAAACACAGACUCACAGAGGAAAGGCAAGAGAAGGGUAAAGAACAAGAGAGACCACCUGAGGCAGUGAGCAAGUUUGCAAAGCGGAACAACGAAGAAACUGUAAUGUCAGCUAGAGACAGGUACUUGGCCAGGCAGAUGGCGCGGGUUAAUGCAAAGACCUAUAUUGAGAAAGAAGAUGAUUGAUGGCUACCCCAAGAGAAAGAUUUAAGGAAGCACAGAAAACUGUAAUUCCUGGAACCUGCUGUGUAAAACCAUAAAGGAGUGUGUUACCAGUAGUUUGGAGGGCAUUUUUAAAGUUAUUUUCAAAAUUUUAAGCUAAAAUCAAAAGUCAGUCUCACAGCUUGGAUGUUUGGAUGUGGAUGUUUGGCUGAAUUUAUAUAUAGUAUGUACUCACCAAUAUCACAUUCUUUAUUGUAUUCAAGAACCGUAAGAGUGUGCUAAUUCCCUGUAGGUACAUAAUGAGGAAAAUUGGCUCCACUACAACCAUUAAAAAAUAAUUUUGGCCAGAUGUGGUAGUUCAUGCCUGUAAUACCAACAUUUUGGGAGGCCAAGGCAGAAGGAUAUUGAGGCCAGGCAUUCAAGACCAGCCUAGGCAGGAUAAUGAGACCUUGUCUCUAUUUAAAAAAGCCUAGCGUGGUAGUGCAUGCCUGUAGUCCCAGCUGUUCGGGAGGCUGAGGCAGGAAGAUCACUUGAGCCUAGGAAUUUGAUAUUACAGUGGGCUAUGAUCAUACCACUGCACUCCAACCUGGGCAACAGAAUGAGACCCUGUCUCUAAAAAAAUUUUUUUUAAUAAUUUAACUCUUCUAAUAAUGUUUUGUUGCAGGAGCUGUAUUUCAGAUAAAAUAUGGAUUUGAAAAAUAGAAAAUAUACUUUAUGUUCUGAAAUUUGUAUUAAAGUAUAAAAUGUGAAUCAUCUUGUCUAAAUAGCUUACAGCAUAGUUGGCUUAAAUGAAAAUAAAAUGAUAUGCUUAUACAUUUUAUUUAUGCAUUUAUUUUAAAGUAAUUUUACUCAUGUCAUAAUUCAUCUUUUUGCUUUUAGUAGAAAUUAAUUUGUAAUUCUGAAACCUUGACAAGUUAGUAAAUUGGUUAUGUAUGUAAAUCACUUUUAGUUAAAAGUGAAGCUGUGGAUACAUUAGCCUAAAUGAAAUUAGCUAAAGAUCCAGGUGGCCUAUUUCUAAACAUGUCUUGUUUCACAUACUCUGAAAAAGAUAGUGCAGUUUAUUACAAGUUCCACUUGUGUAUAAAAAUAAAACUAGUAUCUUCUGAGUCUUUGAAAUGCAGGAGAAAUAAUUA